AUGGUCGUCGCUUUUCUGCUGUUUUUGAAGAAUGAAACAUCAGCUUCUUCGUUUAAUCAGCCAAAAUUCUGUCCAACAGUCAAAUGGAACCGAUACGCCACUACUUUUGUCAUGUCGAACGUGUCCGAGGUGACCGCUGAUACUAUAUUUAUUGACACUCACAAUAUGAUUCAUGUUAAAUUUACCGAUCUUGAAAAAUCGCGAAUUCUAGUUUGGCAUGGAAAUAGUACUUACCCUGUAACGAUUCAUGUCGAAGAUGUAUCGAUCGUUGCACCUAUACUUAUUUCCGACGUUGGUGAAAUCUAUGUAGAUCGUCUUGAUGGUCAAAUUAUUAAACACAUACCGAAGGGUUUAUUAGACGAUACGAUGGACAUGAUGAUUGUAGCGGGGACAGACAAAGAGGAAUCAGCUUUUGAUCAACUGAACAGACCGACAGGGAUCUUUGUCGAUACGAACUUGGACUUAUAUUACAAUCAUGCUCGCAUGUCCGUAUUCGGUUAUCUUUUUAUUUCGGACCAUUGUGACGGUCGUAUUGUUGCGUCCGGACCAAAUGGUUUUCGAUGUUCAGUUGGAUGUGAUGAAGAAGGUUCUCAAUCUCAUCAGUUAAAAGGACCAAUGACAUUUAGUUUUGAUGUUGAUGGGAAUUUGUACGUUGCUGAUGGCGAUAAUGGUCGAAUUCAAAAAUUUGAUUUACAAAAAGAUUCUUGCAAUCAAUUCGAUCCACACAAUCCUACGUUCAAUAUAAUUGCAUGGAAUGGCAAACACCAUAAUCAAAGUCAGUAUCAAUUCACACUUGAGGUUUUAGUCAAUAUAACAUAUAUCUGGGUUGUAACAACAUACGAGCCGAAUGUGACAGGUUCAUUCUCAAUCACCGCACUUGGUUCAAGGACGGUUCGUCUUGUACUCAUAGUGGACAAUUCUACGUAUUGUCGUGUGGGCGGCCCGUGCAGUGUUCGAGUGAAAAGUAUUGGUUUAACUCUCGAUGAUAUUUUACGGUUGGAAGUUAAUCGAAAUAUGGCGAUGCAUGAUCAAUCAUUUCUGAUCAAAAUCAGUGGCGCUUUGACAGUGCUUAUGUUUAUUGCUGGUGUCCUCAAUAGCGCUUGUUCAGUUUUAACAUUUCAAAAUCCAAAGUCACGAACAGUUGGAUGUGGACUGUAUCUUCUUGCAUCAUCACUUACCUCCAUUUUGACAAUUAUAAUGUUCACAAUAAAAUUCUGUUUUGAUAAAGAGAAGAGUAAACGCUGGGCUCGAUGGAUCAUAUUUAUCUUGCCGAUUGUGAUCAUGAGCUCAAUUAUUCAUGAACUACUACACCGUCAAGUGUUCACGCAUGAAAUAAAAGGCGAACAAUCUGUCGGUAAAAAUGCAAGCAUUUCAGGAAAAAUUGUAGCCAAACAGUAUUUCUUGUGUGUAACUUCCUAUUCUCAAUCCGUUCAAGAUUAUAAUACAACUAUUCUAUUUAUUCAUCUUCUUGGACCAUUUAUCGUAAAUCUACCCUCCGCUUUAUUCAUCAUUAUUGGAGGUGUUCGACGAAGAGCGGAAGCCCAAAAGAAACAAACAUUACCCCCAACAUAUUCGAGAACAAUGGAAUGA